CUCUGCCUCAUUUUCUCGUGCACACGCCCAUGCGCGCUCUCGUAGCAGCAGACACGAGACGGCAGGUUUUGGGGUUUGGGUCUCAAAUCUGCGGAAGCUGGCAAGAACUGAAUCCGAAGCAGGACCGAGUGGACCGGAACCGGGACAAACGGGUCAGGUUCUUCAGCGGGUCCGGCUGGUUCCGGUUCUGCAGCAGUCUGUGAUCUGAGGACACCAAGGAUGAUGAUGAUGGCCUCUUCCACCACAGAGAAGAUGAAGAAGAAACCUCCAAAGGACAGUCUGACUCUGCUGCCAUGCUUCUACUUUGUGGAGUUACCCAUUGUGGCUUCUUCGAUGGUGUCGCUGUACUUCCUGGAGCUGACGGACGUGGUGCAGCCGGCCCAAGUGGGUUUUCGCUGCCAUGACAGAGAUCUCAGCAUGCCAUAUGUUGAUGAAGGAGAUGAGUUGAUCCCGCUCUUGAUGCUGCUGAGCCUCGCCUUUGCCGGUCCGGCUGCUUCGAUCAUGCUAGUUGAAGGAGCCAUCUACUGCCUGCAGUCCCGACUGAAGAUCCACAGAUCUGAAGGCAGCAUUAACGCUGGAGGCUGUAGUUUCAACUCGUUCCUGAGGAGGACAGUCCGAUUUGUAGGCGUGCAUGUGUUUGGCCUCUGUGCGACGGCGCUGCUCACUGACAUCAUCCAGCUGGCGACAGGUUACCACGCCCCGUUUUUCCUCACCGUUUGUAAACCCAACUACACGCUGGCCGGUGCGUCAUGUGACCAGAACACUUACAUCACUAAAGACAUCUGCUCGGGACACGACCAGCACGCCAUCAUGACGGCCAGGAGAACGUUUCCUUCCCAGCAUGCAACUCUGUCGGCGUUUGCUGCUGUUUAUGUGUCUAUGUACUUUAACUCAACCAUCUCAGACAGCACCAAGCUGCUGAAACCGGUCCUGGUGUUUGCAUUUGCCAUUGCAGCAGCACUUUCAGGCCUUACCCAGAUCACACAGCACCGCAGCCAUCCCAUCGAUGUCUACGUGGGCUUCCUGAUUGGAGCGUUUAUUGCUGCGUACCUGGCGAUUCAUGCUGUUGCUAAUUUCAAGUCAUCUGAUGAUGUCACUCAGGCUCUGCCCCCUCCACCCCCGAAGGAAGACCCUCUGCGUGCACUGACAGAGCGAGGACACGAGUCAGUCUAUAACAAGGGCCCGGCCUCAGCCUCAGAGAGUAACGACGAGAUUGCGGCUGCUCCGGCCCCCAUGGACCGGUUGGAGGGCCUGGGGUCACUGCAGAGGGAGAAGGGCUCCAUGGGGAGCCUGAAGAGGGCAAGCGUAGACGUUGAGCUACUGGCCCCUCGGAGCCCCAUGGGGAAAGAAACCAUGCUGACCUUCAGUAACACGCUGCCCAGAGCUAGCAUGAAUGUUAGCGGAGCUCUGUGUUCCACAGACACACCAGAUGAGCCGGUCCAGGUGAUUCAGCCGGUCCAAGCUGUGCAGCGUCGUCUGAAGGCGGUGCAGGUACCUCUGGACCCGAUGCGGUCGCAGCAGCUGGUUACAGAAUGGAAGCAGAAGUCAAUGGAGUUUCAUGGCCUGGGAGCCCGGGAAGAGAAGGAACCCAGUGAAGAUGGUUCUGAAGCAAGUUCUGUUGGAACGGACAACGCAGGUUCUCAGGCUCCGAUAUACCAGCCUUCAAUCCAGACUGUGAGGUCAAGCUCAAGUCGCAACCCUACACCUCCUCCAGGGGGUGCCAAAGCUGUGGUAACACCUAGACCUCCACAGAUCCCAGAAGCUGGUCCCCCACCAGUGUCUCCAAAAAGCGCUGUGACUCGGGCCAAGUGGAUCGCCAUCCGGGAGAAGGCAGGUGGGGAGGGAUCGGGCCGUGGUGCUGCCAACCAGCCGCGACUCAUGCAGGUCAUCGCCAUGUCGAAGCAGCAGGGCCUCCUUCCCUCCUCCUCUUCAGAGACCGUCUCCACUUGCUCCGGCACCUCCUCCACUGUAGACUCCCCACUCUACCGCCCCCCCUCUGAGAACCAACGGGAAGGCCCAGGGAUCAUCACAGUGGAUGCACAUGCCCCUCACCAUCCUGUUGUGCAAGUCCCUUCCCUUCCACAGGCCUCACCCCUGGCAGGUAAUGGAAAUUCCUGGGAUUGGGUGAUGGUGUCCAACGGAGACGACCCACGAGACUCUUAUGACCUUAACAAGCGGAACCGAGGAGACUCGUCGGCCCGCGGCAGCAGCUUUGGUCCACGCCGAUCAGCGUCGCCAUCUGCCGCCAUCGACCCCCGCCCAGCACCACCUCACCCACAGGUGGACAUGUCGGCCGAGGCUCAGCGCAGGGAGAUGGCCAUGAGACGCAAAACAGCUCUGGUUCUGCUGGAUCGAGAGAUCCGGAACCACACUGAACAGGAGAACUAUUAUAAGAGUCUGCAGGGACGGAGGUUUAAAGAAUAAUUUAUUAACCUUUCAGAAUAAAAGCCUUAUGCUGAUACGAUUCAACACCACCACACAACACUGAGACAGCAGAACACCUCACCUGAGGAACACCUGGAUUGAGGAACACCUGGACUGAGGAACACCUGGACUAAGGAACACCUGGACAGAAAAGGGGACUGUUUCCAUCUGGACAGUUGGACUUCAGUUGCAAUGGUGAACCGGACCUCAGGAAAGACGUCCUCACCGAAUCUCUGAGAGACGAUGUGCACCUUGACAAGAUGUUGGACAGUUUCCAUGACAACUCGUACAGUAAAUAUUCUGGGAUCAAAGCACAAAGAAAAGUAUCAGAACAUUUACUAACAGCAGAACCAGAACUCUGCAGUGCUGUACAAAGACAGUCCACCUCAGUCAGUUCCAGGGUGUUCAGGACAUAAAACCCUGAUCCGGUCUUUACCAGGUUCUAAAAUGAUUCAGAUCUAACCUCAAGGGAACAAAACACACAACAGAUUCCACCAUGACAAACGAGUCCAAACCAUCAACCUCCACCACCGUGCUGACAGCUGGGAGGAGCUGUUUGCUGCAGUGCAUUCUGGGUAAACAUCUGUCUUUGGGUCUGGUUCUGGUCCAGAUGUCUUGUGGUUCCUUCAGGUGAACUUACUUUGUGCUGCCGUGUUGUUGAUGGAGUCACGACCUUUGACCUGCUGACUGAGGCCUGCA